GACAAGGAAUGCGUCGGGUUCGCCACGCUCCCCAACCGGCUGCACCGCAAAUCUGUGAAGAAAGGAUUUGACUUUACUCUGAUGGUGGCAGGGGAGUCUGGGCUGGGGAAAUCGACCCUGAUCGACAGCCUGUUCCUGACGGAUCUGUACAAGGAUCGGAGCCUGCUGGAUGCUCAGGCCCGUGUGCCGCGGACCCUGGCGAUCGAGCGGCGAGCGGUGGAGCUGGAGGAAGGCGGCGUGAGGGUCAAACUCACCGUGGUGGACACCCCAGGCUUUGGGGAUGCUGUGGACAACGCUGACUGCUGGGUUCCCAUAGUGGACUAUAUUGACCAGCAGUUUGAGCAGUUCUUCCGGGACGAGAGGACUAUUUGGGGGCUCCUCUCUCCCUGCCCCAGGCUGCGCCCCCUGGACGUGGCGUUCCUGCAGGCCGUGCAGCACAAGGUGAACAUCGUGCCGGUGAUCGGCCGAGCCGACGCGCUGACCCCCCGGGAGGUGGGCGCCAUGAAGGAAAAGAUCCGGGAGCAGCUGGAGGCAAACGCCAUCAGCAUCUACCAGUUCCCCGACUGCGACUCGGACGAGGACGAAGAGUUCAAGGCGCAGGACGCAGAGCUGAAGCGCAGCAUCCCAUUCGCCGUCGUCGGCUCCAACGACAUCGUCCGGGAAACCAAGGAAAAGGCCUUCCGGGGGCGUGCGUACCCCUGGGGGGCUGUGGAAGUGGAGAACCCGGUGCACUGUGACUUCCUGAAGCUGCGCACCAUGCUGGUGCGGACGCACAUGCAGGACCUGAAGGAGGUGACCCAGGAACUCCACUACGAGAACUACCGGGCCCAGUGCAUCCAGAGCCUGACCCGCGUGGGCGCCCGCGACCGCUCCAGCCGCAUGAAGCUGUCCCGGCAAAGCGCCACCGAGCUACCACUGCUGCCGCUGGCAGAAACGGAGAAACUGAUCCGGGAGAAGGAUGAAGAGCUUCGGCGGAUGCAGGAGAUGCUGCAGAAGAUGCAGGCGCAGAUGCAGACCCUGUGA